AUGGCUGAGCAUCGUGUACGUCCAGCUCGCCACAAAGGUGCAUUGAAUUUCGAAACAGAGCUAGUGCAAGGGCUCUACGCUUUUGGCGACGACAAGGCUCCGCUUCCUGAGACUGUCCGCGUGUUGGACGAAAUGGUGACAGACUAUAUCAUUGACACUGUUCAGACUGCAUCGAAGGCAGCGACCAUCUCAGGGCGCGGUAAAGUAAAGGCCGAUGACUUUCGGUUUGCUAUACGCAAUGAUGAGGUUGCAACAGGAAGAGUAAAGGAGCUUCUUGCCAUGGAAAAGAGUUUGAAAGAUGCAAGAAAGCAAUUCGAUACUGGAGAGGGCAAGGUCGGGCUAGAGCGGGGAGGUAGAGGAAGAAAGAAAAAGGUGCAACAAGAAGAUGUGGAAAUUGAUGCAACAGUUGAAAAAGGCAGGCAGAAAGUAAAGCCAGAGGACGGCGAAUUAGAGGAUGAGGACGUGGAUGACGAGAUGGAGUAG